GAAAAACUUGAAAGCGUCCUUCUCCCUCUCUCCUUCCCUCCCUCCUUAUUUUUCUUUCGUUUCUCACAAAUUUGAAUGUAAUGGGAAUGGGUUCUGUUAUAUUGUUUGUGAAAGGAGAUUCUUGAAGCUUUUUUGUUGUCUUCCAGCAUAAAUUUGUAUUGUCAGCAGAGAUUUUGUUCAAACGGAAGCUCUCUGGCAUUAUUUUCCUCUAGGGUUUGAGAUCUCUAUAUAUUUUCGAAAAGGGGAAGCUCGGAAUAAGCAGCAAAUGUGUAUGGAUAUUGAGAUCUGGGUGUUUUGAAACCAACAGCUAAUGACAGUGUUCUACUAGGGUUUUCUGUGUUCCCAUCAGAUUCUCGAGACAGUCUUUCUAUGGCGACCACCAAACGUGCUUAUAAACUACAGGAAUUUGUAGCUCAUGCUUCUAGUGUGAACUGCCUCAAGAUUGGGAGGAAGUCUUCAAGAGUUCUUGUAACAGGAGGAGAAGAUCACAAGGUUAAUCUAUGGGCUAUUGGCAAGCCUAAUGCUAUCCUGAGUUUGUCUGGCCAUUCAAGUGGAAUUGAUUCUGUCAGCUUUGAUUCUUCUGAAGUGCUGGUAGCUGCAGGAGCUGCAAGUGGUACAAUUAAGCUGUGGGAUUUAGAAGAGGCAAAAAUUGUUCGCACUCUUACCGGUCAUCGUUCCAAUUGCAUAUCCUUGGACUUCCAUCCAUUUGGGGAGUUUUUCGCCUCUGGAUCCCUAGACACGAAUCUGAAGAUAUGGGAUAUCAGACGGAAAGGGUGUAUACAUACAUACAAGGGACAUACACGAGGGGUAAAUGCAAUAAGAUUUACACCAGAUGGACGAUGGGUAGUAUCUGGUGGGGAGGACAACAGUGUGAAGUUGUGGGAUCUAACUGCCGGAAAGCUAUUACAUGAUUUCAAGUUUCAUGAAGGCCAGGUCCAAUGCAUAGAUUUUCAUCCACAUGAGUUCUUGCUGGCUACAGGUUCAGCUGAUAAAACCGUUAAAUUCUGGGACCUUGAGACUUUGGAACUCAUAGGUUCUGCUGGUCCAGAGACUAGUGGAGUACGUUGUAUGACAUUUAAUCCUGAUGGGAGAACGCUUCUAUGUGGUUUGCAUGAGAGCCUGAAGGUGUUCUCAUGGGAACCAAUCAGAUGUCAUGAUGCCGUGGAUGUGGGAUGGUCCAAAUUGUCAGAUCUUAAUAUGCAUGAAGGGAAGCUUCUUGGAUGUUCUUACAAUCAAAGCUGUGUAGGAGUUUGGGUUGUAGAUAUCUCGAGAAUUGAACCAUAUAACGUUUCCAAGUCAAAUGGUCAUCAAGAACAAAUAUCUAAUGCAAGUGGAACCCUUUCUGUUCUGACCGAGAAUACCACAAAGACCAGUUUGGGCAGGCUAUCCAUUUCACAAAGUUCAGAUCCAAUGGUGAAGGAAACAAAAUCACUGGGGAGGCUUUCAGUUACUCAAAACUCAGAACCGACCAAAGAUUCUAAAACCUUAUCAUCCACAGGAAAUGUACCUGGUAUCCCUCAAAAGAUGUAUCCUAAUGUUGUCCAAAAGAUCAAUCCAACUGCUUCGGUUUCAGUUCCCAGUGCACCAGUAACUUCGAAGCGAAGUGUUACAAAGACCCAUUCAACACAAAACGUGUCAACUUUCAACAGGUUAGAUGUUGCACCUGUAAUCGUGCCCAGAAACAGCGUGAGGUCUGAGCAGGCUGUCGAUUUAAGAAGAGAAGGUAUUUCUGGAAGAGUAACGCCAACAAUGCUACUAUCUAAAACACCCGAUUCUCGCAAGUUCUCGAAUACAAAAGAUGAAGUGGAGAAGCCACUAUCUUCUUUACAGUCUCUGAGUGACAUGAGUGACACUGAAUCAAGUCGGGUUGCUGACAGAAAUGCUUUUACUUCAAUGAAAGACCCGGGUUUUGUAAUUCCUGCAAAGGAGCCAAACUUCGAUGAUGACAGGUGUUUUGUUUCUGGAAAGCCUGAACAGAAUGUAGUGACAGAGUCGCAUCCAAGCUACCAGCCUGAAAUCUAUGAAGGACGUCUACCACGACCAAAUAGAGAUACUUACUCUAUGGAAAAUAAACGAAGAGGAAGAACGCGUACACUUGUUUCUACGUGGGACAGGAAAGAAAGGCCUCCUUAUCAUGACACACUUCCUUCCAGCAGCCUCUCUGAUGGUGUGUCUGCUGUCAACAUGCGGCCAAAUACUGUGAAACAGUUAUCUGAGUCUACUGUAAAGGAGACGGAAUCUGUCUCAGAGGAUGAUGCUAUUGUGGAUAUGAUGGGACGACAUGAUCAAUUCGUAUCCUCAAUGCAGUCUCGCCUAGCCAAGCUACAGAUGAUCCAUAGAUGCUGGGAUAGGAAUGAUAUGAAGGGAGCAAUUAGUGCAAUGGAGAGAAUGGCUGAUCAUGCUGUCACUGCAGAUAUAGUCAGUCUCUUGACAGGGAAAAUUGAUUCCAUCACCUUGGAUAUUUGUUCUUGUCUUCUGCCUCUCCUUGCAAGUCUCCUUGAAAGUGACAUGGAUAGGCAUAGAGGAGUAUCACUAGAAUUGCUGCUUAAGCUGGUGCGGAUAUUUGGUUCAGUGAUAUAUUCUUCUUUACAAGCAUCAUCCUCUGUUGGUGUUGAUAUUGAGGCAGAGCAGAGGCUAGAGCGUUGCAACCUUUGUUAUGUGGAGCUUGAAAAGGUCAAGCGUUGCUUGCCGGUCCUAACCAGAAGAGGUGGAUCGAUUGCCAAGUCUGCACACGAGUUGAAUCUUGCACUUCAAGAAGUUUCAUGAGUUUGGGUGAAAAGAUUUAUUUGAAACAGAAAUUAGGGUUUUUUUACGCGGUUGCUUUUUAGGAUAGCAAGUUUGAAGAAUUCACCCAUAUGCUACUCAACUCCGGCGUUGCGCUGAUGGGAGAUUUAUGUACAUUUGAUUCUAUGCACUUGUGCAGAAGCAUUAACUAGCUAUGUUCUUCAAAGACAGAAUAAAUCUUUGGAGGGUAAGCUGCCCGCGGACGUGUAUACCAACGUUUGGUCGAGGAACCAAUCGAAAGGAAGACUGACUAAUCAUCGAGACCCAACCCAACCCAGUAAAUAUUUUGAUUACGAAUCCCGAUUGUUAGGGAGUCUUUUGAGUGAGGAGUUAAUCCAUUGGUUUAUUUAUAUAAUACCAGAUUACCAGUUGAUCGAUGCUGAAAGAAGUAUGAUAUGAUUACUUGGAAUGUAUUUGAAUUGUGUAA